ACACUGUGAUGUCCCUGUCCCCAGGCAGCCUGUCCAGCAGCCCCGAGGACAUGUCUGCCGAGGAGGGCCGCGAGACGUCCUCGGGGAUCGAGGUGGAGGCGUCCGACCUGAGCCUGAGCCUGACGGGCGACGACGCCGGGGCCGCGCGCAGCCGCGCCAGCGACAGCGACAGCUCCGGCGACAAGGACAGCGACAGCCUGGACGACACCGGCCACUACUCCAUCCCCGAGGAGCCGCGGCAGGACGAGGACGAAGACGAGGAUGAGGACGAGGAGGAGGAACCGCGGGCCCGGCGCAGGGGGCCCCGCAAGCGGCCGCCUCGCGAGCGCGACUCGUCGGACGAGGAGCAGGCGCUGGAGGACUGGGUGGCCUCGGAGACGUGGGCGCUGCCUCGGCCGCGUUGGAGAGCGAUCCCGGCGCUGCGGCAGCGCCAGUUGGGCGGCUGCUCCCGUUUCGUGGCUCAGGCCUGCGGGGCCCGGCUGUUCGUGCAGAAAUUCCGGCUGCAGCACGGCCUGGAAGGGCACACGGGCUGCGUGAACACGCUGCAUUUCAACCAGCGCGGAACCCGCCUGGCCAGCGGCAGCGACGACCUCAAGGUGCUGGUGUGGGACUGGCUGAGGCGCCGGCCCGUGCUGCAGUUCGACAGCGGGCACAAGAGCAACGUCUUCCAGGCCAAAUUCCUUCCCAACAGCGGCGACUCCACGCUGGCCAUGUGUGCCCGGGAUGGGCAGGUGCGCGUGGCCGAGCUCUCAGCCACUCAGUGCUGCCGCAGCACCAAGCGCGUGGCCCAGCACAAGGGAGCCUCCCACAAGCUGGCGCUGGAGCCGGACUCGCCCUGCACGUUCCUGUCUGCAGGAGAGGACGCCGUGGUCUUCACCAUCGACCUGCGGCAGGACCGGCCCGCCUCGUGAGUGACCCGAGAAACGGGAAUUCUGAGGGGAAAACGGGAAAUUCCGGGCCUGGCGCUGGAGCCGGACUCGCCCUGCACGUUCCUGUCUGCAGGAGAGGACGCCGUGGUCUUCACCAUCGACCUGCGGCAGGACCGGCCCGCCUCGUGA